AUGUCUGGUAGAGGUAAGGGCGGGAAGGGGCUCGGUAAAGGAGGUGCUAAGCGUCACCGCAAGGUGCUGCGCGACAAUAUCCAGGGCAUUACUAAGCCGGCUAUCCGCCGCCUGGCUCGGCGUGGCGGCGUGAAGCGCAUCUCGGGCUUGAUCUACGAGGAGACGCGCGGCGUGCUGAAGGUGUUUCUGGAGAACGUGAUUCGCGACGCUGUUACCUACACCGAGCACGCCAAGAGGAAGACCGUGACGGCCAUGGACGUAGUGUACGCGCUUAAGCGCCAGGGACGGAGGACACAGCCAAAAGCACUCUGUCGGGCGACUGGUUCUGCUGCGAUGGCCCGUACCAAGCAGACCGCGCGUAAGUCGACAGGCGGGAAGGCGCCCCGCAAGCAGCUGGCCACCAAGGCGGCCCGUAAGAGCGCGCCGGCCACAGGCGGCGUGAAGAAGCCGCACCGGUACCGUCCCGGCACGGUGGCGCUGCGCGAGAUUCGGCGCUACCAGAAGUCGACGGAGCUGCUGAUCCGCAAGCUGCCGUUCCAGCGGCUGGUGCGGGAGAUCGCGCAGGACUUCAAGACGGACCUGCGGUUCCAGAGCUCUGCGGUGAUGGCGCUGCAGGAGGCGAGCGAGGCCUACCUGGUGGGGCUCUUCGAGGACACCAACCUGUGCGAGGGUGCUGUCAUGUCUGGCAGAGGCAAGGGCGGGAAGGGGCUCGGCAAGGGAGGUGCUAAGCGCCACCGUAAGGUGUUGCGCGACAAUAUCCAGGGCAUUACCAAGCCGGCCAUCCGCCGCCUGGCUCGGCGUGGCGGUGUGAAGCGCAUCUCGGGGCUGAUCUACGAGGAGACGCGCGGCGUGCUGAAGGUGUUCUUGGAGAACGUGAUCCGCGAUGCCGUGACCUACACUGAGCACGCCAAGAGAAAGACGGUGACGGCCAUGGACGUGGUCUAUGCCCUGAAGCGCCAGGGACGCACUCUCUACGGUUUCGGUGGUUAAGCUCGCGAGUGUCCAACCUUACUCUGUUAAAAAACACCAAGGCUCUUUUCAGAGCCACCCACAAAUUUCACAAAGAGAGCUGCUCAUUACUACAGGGAAGCUCUAAAUGUUAAAAACUAGUAGUUAUAUUUCUCAUCUGUUUCAAAAAAUUCUGUUUCAGGAAACGACCUUCAUUUCUUUAUAUAUGUUUAACUCUUAAGCUUGGUAAUUAAUCACUUGUAUGUACUACAGUUCCUUUCAGGGAACUGUAGGGGCCCUUAAAUCAACCCUUGUGAUUUUUCUUAUAAAUUUUGGUUUUGAGUUGGUGAUCGAGUAGCGUUUCUUACGGCUCUUGUCCUGUGUCUUU